AUGUCUGCUCAAACGAGUCUGCGAAUAGCAGUUUUCCAAUACACGCCUAUUUGGGCAGACGUAGAGCGCAAUAUCAAGCGCAUCGAAGCAGCAACGGCACGAUUAGAGCCAGGAUCAGUUGAUUUGAUCUGUUUUCCUGAGAUGUGCUUCACAGGCUACGUUUUCUCCGACCCCUCCCGUCUCGCACCCCUCCUCGAGUCUCCCAAGGAAGGCCUCACGGCUUCAUUCUGCGCUCAAGUAGCACAUAGGAUGGGAUGUCAUGUCGUUGCUGGAUAUCCUGAGCUUCCAGAUGGGAAGGAAGAAUCUGGCAAGAUCGGCUACAACAGCGCUAUGGUAUGGUCCCCCCAUGGAUUGGUUCACAACUACAGGAAGCACAAUCUGUUCGAGAUGGACUUGCCUUGGGCAUCCCCAGGGCAGAGCUUUACUGUUAUGUCUGAACAGAUCGCUGGCCUACGCACCGCGAUCGCAAUAUGCAAUGAUCUCAACCCACCCACGGAACUGGGAGAGUGGUGCGUGAAGAAGGAUGUGCAGCUCUUGAUCAUUCUUUGCGCAUGGCUCGCCUCGGAGGCGAGCGAAUCAGUCGAUGAGCACACAGAGACGGAGUUGUCUGAUGGUGCGCAGGAAAUGGAAGUCACGGAAGAGCGCGAAGGCAGCAAACCACAAAACGAGCAGGACGCCAAGAACCAGCCGGAUAGCCAGAAUGUUUUCUAUUGGCUCUAUCGACUCCGUGGUAUACUAUUCGAAGACGACGAAACGGAGAGGUUUGUGGUCAUCUGCAACAGAACAGGGACAGAGCAUGGGAGCAGCUUUGCUGGAUCCUCGACGAUGUGGAAGUUCAUGGGCGAUGGGCACUUCAAGACGCUCGGCCGACUCUCUUGCAAAGGCGAACAUAUCGGCAUCUGGAAAGUCUAG